GGGGACUCGACUUCAUGGUUUAAGAGUGAAUGUGAGGGAGGGUGAGUCUAAGCAAGAGUGAGGAGGAACGUCAACAUAUCACUUGGCGGAGCACAGCCUGUACGCUAUUGUACAUUUGUAACCAUCGCCCUGCCCCUGGAUGCACACAGUGGGCUUACAGCCAUCUGCGCGUAUUCGCAUCGCAACGGUAGGGACACAGCACUGACAAUAUUUAGCGGCAGAGGGAUGAAGAACUGUACUGCGGUGCAGAACCUAGCUUAUUUCUGACCUGGUUACCUGAGCAAUGCAGAGGGUAUAAGAAAACGAAAGCCUUUGUGAGUUUGACCUUAAACGUGAAAGGCUGAACGAGAUGUAAGGCCCACUCUCCUCUGGAUGCUCCUGACUGACAGCUCACUGGGAUAAAUGAGGAUCCCCCAAGACCAAGAGAUUACAACUACUACUCACAGAAGAAGCCAUACAGCAUGUCUUGGGUCAGCGGCUUCUUAGUAGCCAGGGUGGACGACCGCAAGGCGGCCUGGGGGGAUCGCAAUGGCAACAAGAAGGGCCGGCGCAAGGGCGGCUCCACGCUCUGCGGCCCCCGCUACAUGAGCUGCCUGCGGGACGCCGAGAGCCCCGAGCCCCCCGCGUCCUCCCAGCCCCUCCAGCCGACGGGCGCCAGCAGCAACUUCAGCACGCGCUGCAUCUGGCAGGAGGACCAUUACGGCCGCAAGCCCGGCAUGGGCCCGCAGGCCGUGGACCUGACCUUCGACGACGCAACCGGCGAGCCCAAGAGGAGGACCGGAGCGGACGGGGAGGAGGAGGACGACGAGGCUGGGGACGAGGCGUGCGGCAGGGGCACGGGGGCGGCCAUGCUGGUCUGCUGGCUGAGGCUGGCGCGGGUCUUCCAGUCCAAGCAGUUCCGCUCGGUCAAGCUGGAGCGCCUGUACCAGCGCUACUUCUUCCGCCUCAACCAGAGCUCCCUCACCAUGCUGAUGGGCGUCCUGGUGCUCGUCUGCGGCAUCAUGCUGACGUUCCACUGCGUGCAGACGAUCCCGCCGCACCCCGCCUACGCCUCCACCCUCUGCGUGGCCAUGGCCCUCUUCUUGGCGCUGAUGGUGGUGUGCAACCGCAACGGCUUCCACCAGGACUACAUGUGGAUCGUCAGCUACCUGGUGAUCGCGGUGCUCCUGGGCGUGCAGGUGUACGGCGUGCUGAUGGUGGAGCCCCGCGGCGCCUCCGAAGGCGUGUGGUGGUCGGUGUUCUUCAUCUACAUCAUCUACACGCUGCUGCCGGUGCGCAUGCGCGCCGCCGUGAUCAGCGGGCUCACGCUCUCCAUCAUACAUGUAGCCGCCACCUGGACGGCCAACCAGGAGGACAGCUUCCUCUGGAAACAGUUAAGUGCCAACAUCCUGAUCUUCCUGUGCACCAACCUCAUUGGGAUCUGCACACACUACCCAGCAGAGGUGUCCCAGAGGCAGGCCUUCAAAGAGACCCGGGGUUACAUCCAGGCCCGACUACACCUGCAGAGAGAAAACCAGCAACAGGAACGCCUGCUGCUGUCAGUGUUGCCAAGGCAUGUUGCCAUGGAGAUGAAGGCAGACAUCAAUGCCAAGAAGGAGCAUAUGAUGUUCCACAAGAUCUACAUCCAGAAACACGACAACGUCAGUAUUCUGUUUGCAGAUAUCGAAGGCUUCACCAGCCUGGCCUCCCAGUGUACAGCCCAGGAGCUGGUCAUGACCCUGAACGAGCUUUUUGCUCGCUUUGACAAACUUGCCUGGGAGAACCACUGUCUGAGGAUUAAGAUCCUGGGAGACUGCUACUAUUGUGUGUCUGGGCUUCCUGAACCUAGGGCAGACCAUGCCCACUGCUGUGUGGAGAUGGGAGUAGACAUGAUUGAAGCUAUUUCGUUGGUUCGAGAGGUCACGGGGGUCAACGUCAACAUGCGCGUGGGCAUCCACAGCGGCCGCGUCCACUGCGGCGUGCUGGGCCUGCGCAAGUGGCAGUUUGACGUGUGGUCCAACGACGUCACGCUGGCCAACCAGAUGGAGGCCGGCGGAAAGGCGGGGCGUAUCCACAUCACCAAAGCCACGCUGCAGUACUUGAACGGGGACUACGAGGUGGAGCCAGGCUUCGGAGGAGAGAGAAACGCUGUCCUCAAAGAGAACAACAUAGAAACCUUCCUCGUGCUGGGCUGCAGCCAGAAAAGGAAAGAGGAGAAGGCCAUGAUGGCGAAGCUGCAGAGAGCUCGAGCCAACUCAGGUGAAGGGCUGAUGCCUCGCUGGGUGCCGGACAGAUCUUUCUCCAGAACCAAAGACUCCAAGGUUUACAGGCAGAUGGGCAUUGACGAGGCCUCGAGCAAAGACAACCGGUGCACUCAGGAGACUCUGAACCCCGAGGACGAGGUGGAUGAGUUUCUGGGACGUGCCAUCGACGCCCGCUCCAUUGACCAGCUCCGCAAAGACCACGUCAAGAAGUUCCUGCUCACCUUCCAGGACUCGACCAUGGAAAAAAAGUACUCCAAAAAAGUGGAUGAUCGAUUUGGAGGAUAUGUAGCCUGUACACUUGUGGUUUUCUGCCUCAUCUGUUGCAUUCAGAUCAUCAUUUUCCCUCAUACACCGCUCAUGCUGGGGAUCUUCAUCAGCAUCUUCGUCAUCCUCGCCCAUAUCCUCUUCAUCUGUUCCAUCUACUCCUGUGUUAAGCUUUUUCCAGUUGCCUUGCAGACUGUGUCGAAGAGAAUAGUUGAGUCUCGCACCAACAGCACCCUAGUGGGAGUCCUCACCAUCGUCCUUGUGUUUAUUUCAGCCUUUGUAAACAUGUUUACGUGUGAUAAAGAGGUCCUGGAAGACUGUGUAUCUCGUGAGGUCAAUGCUUCAGUGAGCUCAGUGAAUCUGUGCCUCCUUCAUGAAGUCUCGCUCGCUGCCCAGGAUAAGUUGGCCCUGUGCCCUGGCCAGAACUAUCCCUGCCCCUUCCCACAGUACUUCACCUACACUGUGCUCCUGAGCCUGCUGGCCAGCUCUGUGUACCUGCACAUCAGCAGCAUCGGCAAGCUGGCCCUGAUGCUCCUCAUGCAGCUGCUCUUCCUGCUGCUGGUGGAGUGGCCACAGGGGGCGCUGUUCGACAACGCCGACCUGCUUCUCACCGCCAACACCCUGUCUGGGUCUUUGAAUGAGACGCUACUGUGGACCAGUUACAAUGGAACGGAAAGUUGUGAUAAGACUGUGACCAAAGUGUCACUGCGAGUGAUCACCCCCGUGAUUCUGACCGUGUUUGUGCUGGCACUGUACCUGCAUGCCCAGCAGGUGGAGUCCACAGCACGCCUAGACUUCCUGUGGAAGCUGCAGGCCACGGAGGAGAAGGAGGAAAUGGAGGAGCUGCAGGCCUACAACCGCCGGCUCCUUCACAACAUCCUGCCCAAGGACGUGGCGGCGCACUUCUUGGCGCGGGAGAGGCGCAACGAUGAGCUCUACUACCAGUCGUGCGAGUGCGUGGCCGUCAUGUUCGCCUCCAUCAGCAACUUCUCCGAGUUCUACGUGGAGCUGGAGGCCAACAACGAGGGCGUGGAGUGCCUGCGGCUGCUCAACGAGAUCAUCGCUGACUUUGACGAGAUCAUCAGCGAGGAGAAGUUCAAACAGCUGGAGAAGAUCAAGACCAUUGGCAGCACUUACAUGGCAGCGUCUGGCCUCAACGACUCCACUUACGACCGGGAGGGCCGCUCCCACAUCCUGGCCCUGGCCGACUUCGCCAUGCGGCUGAGGAAGCAGAUGGCACACAUCAACGAACACUCCUUCAACAACUUCCAGAUGAAGAUAGGUCUGAACAUGGGGCCCGUGGUGGCUGGGGUGAUAGGUGCCCGUAAACCUCAGUAUGACAUCUGGGGGAACACAGUGAAUGUAGCCAGCCGCAUGGACAGCACCGGAGUCCCAGAUCGGAUUCAGGUCACCUCAGACUUGCAAGCUGUGUUGGUCAGUAAAGGCUACGAGCUUGAGUGUCGUGGCAUGGUGAAGGUCAAGGGCAAGGGGGAGAUGACUACAUACUUCCUCAACAGUGGCCCUGACAGUUAGCAGCAGGCCGAGGCCCCCCGCUCCUGUAAGGACACAACAAACGGAUGGGGUCUGGCCCCCCCACCAGAGGUCCCCUGUGAAUGAGGCAUAGUGGGGAGAACCCACUCUGCCUGAGGAGAUCUUGUGUACGUGUGUGGGUGUGCUUUUCUCUGUGUUACUUGUGUUUGACAUGCACCAUGGAGGAGAAAGACUCUUCUCAGUUCUAGGUGCACUUACUGUGUGGCCACUUGACGGAGGAGACUGAUGGCCAUUCCCCUCAGAAGGAAAUGACUGUGCAGAAGUCGGGAUACACUAUUUAUUUCCCUCACAUGGGAUGUUAAAAAUAAUGAAGAAAAACGACAAGGAAUAGUAAUAUAUGCAAGGAUUAUAAAGAACUCUUGAAAUAUGGAUGAACACGACCAAAGGAACACUAAGUGCAUACACCAACGUGCUUGAUAUUUCAGAGCAACUUGGAACAAAUGUCAGUUGUGUUGCGGGUUUUCUCUUUUUUUUUUUUUUGUCAAUUUGUUUUUGCCAUCUUAUUUGUCAGCCUUGACAGAAAAUGCCACGUUCUUUGAUGGGCACAACUUUGCUCCAUUUGUUCUACGCGUGAUGUGAAGGAGAACAAAGAGAUCUUGAAACAAGCGGACAGCCUUAGAGACCAAAAGCUACCUUUUUAUUAAUUAAGUGUGUGAUCAGUUAUACCCUUUUUUUUUCUCCUUUGAAGAAAUAUUUUUCGUACAACUGAAGAGAUGUGAAUGAAGGACCAACUGUGGCAUCGAAUUCCACAGGACUGCAGAUUGUGCUAUUAAAAUAUUAAAAUGUGCCGUGUGUGAGUGUGUGUGUGUGUGUGUGUGUAUGUGCGUGCGUUGUGUCUGUUAGAAAAGGUUUAAGUGGGACAGAUAAAUAUUGAAGGAUGGAUGACUGAUAAUACUGUGCUUAAUGUAGAAGGGUUUAUCUCUUCACUGUGAGGUACAGUAUGCCAUGAAAAUGACUUUUUUGCCAAAUGACCUGCUGCAAGGCAUGUGUGAUUUUUUAAUAUCCGGUAUUUGGGAUAUGCGUGCCCAUUCCUCUUUUAAGUUACUUUCUUCCCUACCUGUACUCAUUGGUUAAGCAGAGUUUUAAUGUACUAAAAGUAUGGUAACGAUGUAUUCCACCAGAAGUGAGACGAUGAUCCCAGCACACUUUCUAUAUACCAACACAAUGUGGUCUUCUAAUUGGUCACUUUGGGAUCGUCCACCUCUGCAGUCUCAGCCAUAGGUGUAUUGUAGGCAGUGCCGCUGAUUGUCACUUCCUGAGGACCACUGUCUCAAGUAGACUUUACAGCAAUGUGCAACAGUAUGCCUUCUAAGUGUCCAUUGUCUGUAGCCUAUUUACAACUGAUUCACUAACAGUGCUGGCUCUGUAGCAAGGUUUGUUUUUUUCCUCCCAAGAUUUCAUAUGAAUGUAUGAAAUACUCUUCAUUGCUCCAUAUUGUUACAGGUGAUUCCACUACACGUUUUUCCAGUCAGGAUUGUGUUGGUUUGGUUGUUUAUGUUUUGUUUUUUUAACGGGGGCGAAGCAAGCAAGAGUGCAUCACACAUUAAAGAAGGAUUUUUGCGUUGAAAGAAUAAAGUCCAUUGAAUCCCAUUCAUAAA